AGCUUUGGUCGACAGCUUAAAAGCGGCUCUUGCCCAUGAUUGCGUAGAGUUGCGUUCCCAAUGGGUGCGUCAUGCUCCGCCGGCAUUCGCAAAGCCAUCAUGGGCGGUGGCUCGCACAAGGUUUGCGUGUGUGGGGGAGCUGGGGGCAUUGGCCAGCCGCUGUGCUUGCUGAUGGCCAUGGAUCCCAAUGUCAGAGAGCUCUCCAUCGUUGACUUGAACGUGGCAAUGGUGCCACCGGAUGGAGUUGCCAAGGAUCUGGGCCACAUUGAAAGCAAGGUGAAGGUGACUGGGUAUGUGAUGGAAGUGGGGACUGCUCCCAAGGACAGCUUGGAAGAUUGCCUAUCGGGCUGCAGUUUAGUGCUUGUCCCCGCUGGGAUGCCGCGGAAACCUGGAAUGACUCGCGAUGACCUCUUCAAAGUGAAUUGUGACAUCGCGAAGGGUAUGGUAGAGGCCUGUGCAAAGUUCUGCCCACAAGCAGUCGUCGCCUUGAUUGUAAAUCCAGUGAACUCUAUUGUCCCGGCCAUGGCUGAGCUCUACAGCAAGGCCGGUCUGGACCCUUGGAAGAUUGUGGGGGUGACGAGCCUCGACUCGGUGAGGGCCAACAAGUUUGUGGCUGACCUGACCGGGUGCCACCCCAGCAAUAUAGAGGUGCCAGUGAUUGGAGGGCACGCGGGAGUGACCAUCCUGCCUGUCUUCUCGCAGGACCCAACUUCCGCCUGCCUUGCUCCCUCCAAGAUCGAGGAACUGGACAAGCGAACGCAAGAUGCCGGCACGGAGGUGGUGCACGCCAAAAACGGCAAGGGUUCAGCCACCCUAUCGAUGGCCUAUGCAGGUGCACGCCUGGGCAGGGCCGUCCUGGCGGGGAUGUCUGGCAGACCUACCGUGGAGUGUGCCUAUGUCAAGUCGGACGUGACAGACCUGCCAUACUUUGCAUCUCAAGUUCUGUUUGGGAAAGGCGGCGUGAGCAGGGUGCUGCCGAUCGGCCAGCUCAAUGACUACGAGAAGAGAAGAUUAAACGAAGCCACAGUCCAAUUGAAGACCGAAAUCAACACUGGCCUGCGUUAUGCAAAGGAUGCAAAAUUCGCCAAUUGAGUUUCACGCAUUUUUCUGAAUUGUUUCAAGGCCACUUGAUUAAUCAGUCUGAUAUACAUGUCAAAACUUCGGCAUGGAGUUUUCCAUUGAAGGCCAAGAUGCAUUGAAUGAAAGAACA